GUUUAUUUAUUUGAAUAUCAGAUUUAAGCAUCAUCGACCCUGAUUUCCUCGUUUUUCGUAAGGUCAGUGUUUCCUUUUGCUUGUGGCCCUUGAAAGGAUGUGUUUGCUAUGGCACAGAAGACAUGGAAGAGAAAGAUAAUUACCCAAAUCUGGCGGGAGAUUCUGGUCACCCACCGGUCAAGGCAAGCUAUGGUUAAUUAAGCCCCACCAUGGAAGUCUUGACGUCUGCUGCCGCUGCUUUGUAUGAUCAUGACUUAGAAGAACACUCUUCAGAAGAGCCAAAGUUUCUCUCACCAAGCAAGAGGAGUCAUGAGGGACUGUCAGAAAUCACCAACACUAUUAAUAUAUCACCAGAGAAAUUGCAUAAGUCUUCCCUGCAGACACUGUUCACCGCCUCACCAGUAAACUAUAACAGCUCCAUGAAAGUUGCUUCUUCUGUCAUCCUCCCUGUGGCAUCCAGUGGUAGUAGCAAGUCAGUCCAUCACUUAUCCCCCCUGAUGGAGGCCCCAAGUCCAGGACGGGAGAAGGUCCUGGGAAGGAGUCCACUCACACCUACGAGUAACCUCAAGCUGCUCACCCGUAUCGCCUCAAUGGAGGAGUCCUUUACUAGCAAGAAAAUGUUGUUCAAUACGAAAGGUACCAAUAUGAGUGAAAAACUGCCAUCCCAAACUAGACCUCGUCAGAAACAAAAGCUGCAGCGAUACAACAGUGACAGCCUGAACACUCAGCGAGCCAGUAACAAAGCUAUGGCUGGUGAAAAGAUAAGCCUCAAGAAGCACAGCAGCACAGACAGUCACUCCCAGGGGCUGGAGGGUGUGGGUCACCUGCCACCCCUUGAUGAGGUCAUCACUCGCCCUUCAGAGGGCUCAAGGAAGGAUAAAUCUUUAGGGCUACUCAGUGAAAAGUUCUUGGAACACUUCCCAAUGGAGGUCUCAUUCCUGGAGACACCGCGCCGCAUGGUUAUUGAUGAGGUGGCCAUAACGCUGGGCACAGAGAGACGGCGUGUGUAUGAUAUCAUCAAUGUACUGGAGAGCCUCAACAUGGCAGCUCGGGUCCAGAAGAACAUGUACCAGUGGGUGGGCAAUCUGUAUCUAGAGGAGACACUAGGGAAGCUCAAGUCUUUUGCUCUCAAACUGAACCUCAAGGCACAAGUAGAGGCUCUUCAUUCUAAUGAGGGAAAGAGAACUUUCAGGGUUCCCAAGUGGACCAAGACAAACUGGAAUGUUGAUGGGGAGGAGAAGGUGGAGACAAGGCGGGAGAAAUCUUUGGGAAUACUGUGUCAGAAGUUCCUAAUGUUGCUGCUGGUCAGUCCCGCGCCUUACCUGCUCUCGCUGGAUGAUGCUCUCAAGAUGCUGAUGGGCAACACGUGUGAGGAUGGUGAGCGCCUGAGGACCCGUGGCAGAAGGCUCUAUGAUAUUGCCAACGUCCUCACAUCUCUGGGGCUUGUCCAACGUAUACCACUGGCGAAGGGGUUUCGGUAUAUUGGACCACAGGUUGAAGCCAUACCCAGUGAGGAAGACAAUGGCCUGCGCCUCCGCCAUUCUCUGCUGCCGUCUUUCCUGUUGUCUGGGGACAGUGGAGGCAAGGAGAACAUAACCUGCCCAGGUGAUCAUGAUGUGACUCCCUCAGCUGCUCCUCCUCCCACACAAAAGAGAGGACGCCCCCGCAAACUCUCCACAGACUUCUCUGCUUCAGCCAUUCCAGCUGCAAAGCGAACUAAACUUCAGAGGACUCGCAGUGAGGACAUCACCACAGGGAAGCAGAGUCGCAAGUUCAUCCGCCACCCGUCCCUGCAUGAGAUCUGUCAGGUUGCUGAGGUUGAACGGGAAAAGUUACUACAGAAGGAACAACAGCAGCAGCAACAACAGCAAUUGAAGGCUCCUAUCAUUGUAGAACCCAUUCCUUUGAGAUCCAGAAAUCUACGCGAUGACAAUGUAAUCACCCAGAAUCGCAGCUUUGUGCCAUCAUGUCCAGCGUCAGCACCAAUUCUUGCCACCAUCCUGAGCCAGAAGCCACGUGCCAAGAUCCCCGUGGCUCUCACCUUCAAGAAAUCUGAUGAAGACGACAGCAAGGAUGCUUGUUCCAUCAUGCCGUUCAACAUUGUUCAGAAAAUCCCAUCUACCACAACAAUAAACACUGGAAGAAACAUAGCCCAGGUGCAGUCCCCCACUCACAUCAUUAAGCGUGAACAAAGAACAAGUGCACCAAUACUCACACCUGGGGUCUCCAGAGGCAUGACUUACGUGGCCACUCAUACUCAGUCAGCAAACAAGAUCCUAUUGAAAAGCUGGCCCCAGGAAUCCUCUGGUGUGCCUGUGGGGCCACCCAAGGAGCCACAAGGUGCUUCACCCUCAGUCAUUAGAGUUGUCACAAACAUGGGAGGAGGAAUGAAGCAUCAGCAAGAAGCUCCAAAAAUUUUUAGUGUCAUCCCUGCCAGCCGGGCACAGAGUCCACACUUGCUACCAGCAAAACAAUUCAUCUGGCAGGCAGGAGGAACCCUUCAGCAGGUGCCUCGCAGGAAUGAUGCCAACUCUCACCUGGCAACCAGCCAUUGUCAAGCAGCUGAAGGAGUCAGUCACAUCUCUGAACAUGAACAUAAGUCAAGUUCCUAUACAGUGUACACUAUUUCUGGUAGUCAUGCACCCGUCACCUCGUCAACAGUACCCAAGAAUGUGGUGUCUCCUGUUAUUGGGGAAAGAUCCACCUUAUCUGCUGAAUGUAGCUCCACCUCUAAGCCAUCUGUAAUGUACACUUGGACAGACUGCAUGACCUCUAGUGGAAUGGAUGGUCCUGCAGGUCAUCAGGUUAUCAGUGGGCUCUCACACUUGCCUCCCACCAACUGCCCUACUUCCAGGGAACCAGUGAGGGUUGAGUGGCAGCCAUCAUCUGAUGCAUCAAGCACAGACAGUGAGCUGGAGGAGAUCUUUGGGGACUGUUUCAGGUUCACACGUCCCAAAGGCCUGUUAGCUGGAAAUGCUAGUCAAGAUGGAACUCUGAGUAAAGCGCUCUGAGGACUUCCAAGGAAAACAAGCUGCUGAGUUCAAGAGGGAAUCCUAUAGUCUCAACCAGUGUUGCCUGCAGCUAGAACACUUUCCCAGUGUCAUGCAGACCACUUUUUGAAGAGAGGACUUCUGUCUCAGCACCUCAGCAACAGGAUUCAUAAGUUAAUUCUGAUAUUGUUUUUUAGUCUGUAAUCUACUAAAACACUCUUGUUAUGUGUAAGGGAUUACAUUUGAAAAAUGUAAACUUAAGUUAUUUUAAGUUAUUGUUUGAAGAGUGAGACACUUGAAAAAAUAUUUGUUGAAUAUUUUUUCAAAAUAUAUUUUUGAAGUGUGAUACGCAUGCUGGAAUUGGGUACAGAGUAUCACCUAAGUCAUUUUAUGUACAUUUAAAUAUUUCAUUUCUAAGCUUGGAAGAAGUAGCAUGGAAUAUAUCUUCUAUAUUCUUAAUGUUGUUAACAUGAUGUUGUUAAUAUUAUCUUUAAACUAAUUUUGAUCACAUGUUGUUUAUGCUUACGAACAGAAUUGUUGGAUUCUGUAGCAUCAUGUAAUGUGUUACAAAAGAGUGGUGCUGGUAGUUGAAUAUCUGCUGUUGGAUGGAAAAGUUAUGAAUAUUAUAUUUCAGGUAAAGUAGGGAAAGAUUUUAUAUAUAUAUAUAUAUAU